CGAUGACGAGGUCACAACAGCACAACACAGCCCGGACAGAAACUUCCAGAGAAAUAUGUUGCUGUCCAGAAAACAGAGAGCUGUCAGUUCAGCCCUCUCAGAGUCACGGGAAUAUCUGCAGAAAUUUUGGGGAGGCACUCGGUCCAUCCAGAGGGAAGAAAUUCCUCUUGAAAAAUGUUUCGCUCAUUUACACCACACAAAAACCAGAGGUACUAUGACCUGAAGCAGGAAUGCAGAUUGGAAAAGAAGCUGUUUGAAGAUCCAGAGUUCCCAGCAACAGACAAGUCUCUGUUCUACCAGAAAUCCCCCCCUGGCCAUGUUGAGUGGAAAAGGCCUAAGGAAAUCUGUGAUGACCCUCACCUGAUUGUGGAGGGCAUCAGUGCCCAUGACCUGAACCAGGGGACUCUGGGAAACUGCUGGUUUGUGGCAGCCUGCUCCUGUCUGGCACUCAAAUCAGAGCUCUGGAACAAGGUGAUCCCUGACUGGAAGGAGCAGGAGUGGGAUCCCAACCACCCGGAAAGCUAUGCCGGAAUCUUCCACUUCCGCUUCUGGCUGUUUGGCGAAUGGGUGGAUGUGGUGGUGGACGACCGUCUGCCCACGAUCAACGGGAAGCUAAUUUACUGCCACUCCAACGUGUACAACGAGUUCUGGACCGCCUUGCUGGAGAAGGCCUAUGCCAAGCUGUCCAUGUGUUAUGAAUCCUUGGAUGGUGGAAACACAGCAGAUGCUAUGGUGGACUUCACUGGAGGAGUAGCUGAAUCUAUUGACAUGGAAGAGGGGAAGUAUGCCACAAGCAUCGCGGCGCGAAUGAAGCUAAUUGAAGAUCUGCUCAAUGUGUUUGAGAGAGGAGGUAUCAUUAGCUGUGCUAUAAAGGUCAAGCAGUCCGACAGAGAGAUCCACAUGGCCAACGGCUUGGUGAGAGGACACGCCUACUCCGUGACGUCACUCCGCAAGGUGCGGCUGGGCCACGGGCUGCUGGGCCUUUUGAACUCGGAGAAGAUCUUCUUGAUCCGCAUGAGGAACCCCUGGGGAAAGACAGAGUGGAAAGGCACGUGGAGCGAUAGCUCAGAGGAGUGGGAGAGAGUGGGCAGCACAGAGAGGACUGCCUUGGGCCUCACCGUGAAGAAUGACGGGGAGUUUUGGAUGGCAGUUGAUGACUGGUGUAAGAUCUUCACUGACGUGGACGUCUGUCGCCUCAUCAACACCUCCCUCCUGAGCAUCCAGAAGACGUGGCACGAGGCCGUCUUCUUCAGCAGCUGGACCAAGCACGCGGAGCCGCUGCACAACCGCAGCGGGGGCUGCGUCAACAGCCGGAGCACCUUCCUGCAGAACCCACAGUUUGUGUUUGAUAUUACAAAGGAUGAAGACGAAGUGCUGAUUUCCAUUCAGCAACGAGACAUGAAAAUACACAGACCGAUCAGCCAGGGAAAGAACCUUUACAUUGGCUUUUCCAUUUUCAAGGUGGAACUGAACAGAAAUUAUAGGAUGCAUAAGCUCAUAACCCAGAGGGUCGAGGCGACGUCCGCCUACACAAACACACGGACCGUUUUCAUGCGGAGGUUACUUUCAAAGGGUCGCUACAUCAUCAUCCCCUCCACAUUCGCGCCAGAGGACCUGGGGGACUUCAUGUUAAGGGUCUUCACAGAUGUGAAUUCCAGUUGCAGGGAGCUGACGCAGGACAAGCCCAAAGUGAGCUGCUGGAGUUUGUGCCUGGGCUACCCGCAGGUUGUCACGCAGAUCUACGUACAUGAAGCCAAUGGGCUGCAGAGUCAGGACAGCGAUGGCGGAGCAAACCCCUAUGUGAUCGUGUACUGUGAAGGAAGCUCAGUUCAGUCCACAGUACAGAGCAACACCCUGGACCCUCUGUUCGAUUUAAGGGCAAUAUUCUACAGGACGAAACCCAGAAAGCCAAUCACUGUGCAGGUGUGGAGCAACUGCACAAUGCAGGACCAGUUUCUGGGCCAGGUGGUGCUGCCCGCCUCUCAGAAGGACUUGGCCGAGCCUCAGAAGCUGCAGCUUCACAAGAGAGGCCAGCAGACAACGGAACAGAUGCCCGGCACCGUCACCCUCAAAGUGGUCACCUCCAGCCAGCUUACUGCCAUGUAAAACCCCCAAGGGUAGCUCUGCCCACUGCCCGAAUGACGAGCAUCAUCCUACAUCCUGUUCUGGACUCAUUCUACUGGCUUCACUCUGCCAGUAGUCCUUGGGGAAAGACUGUGGAUCUCAGCAUUGGGCUGCAUUUAUUUUCAUUGGUUGACCAAGUGACAAAAUGAGCCGUCUCAUUGUGUAUUAUUCCUAAUUUAAAUAAUUCAGCCUUCCAGCUCAUUGCAAAAUACGAAAGGACUAUUGGAAUAAUUUGUGCUGUAGAAUCCUGCAGUCAUAAUUGGCCUGUAUAAUAGGACAUACUUACACAGGAAGAGUCCACAUUUGCAAUAAUGGGCACAUUUAUGAUUGUUCACUGUAAAAAUGCACAUAUAUUAAUAACAUUUGACAAGACAUAUUGGAGCACAUACAUGCAUUCCAGCUGCUUUUAAGUGGCAUGUAUACAAAUAGGGGAAAUGCAAAGACCAGUGUUGAAGACGUGCCCAAAUAUUAAAUCAACCAGCCCUCCUGAGACCUACUCACCAUUCAUGAGUGAGGAGAGUGAUUUAUACACAAUAAACUAGGGGUUCACUAAACAUGUCAUAUACACAUUCGGCCUGCAUAAUAUGCUGUAAAUGCCUUCUCUUGCCUCGGCGAUGAGUGGUACUCCCCAAGCAUCAGUUAUGCUGCUUUGCUAAUGUUCACUAAUACCUGAAAGGUGACUAUAGGUCAGUUUAGCUCUACUUAGAGGCUUGAGAAAGUUUCUGAAGAAUACUGAAAAGGUUAUUUUGUUUAUAAAACACAGGGAAGUUGGUAAGAAAUAUCAAGCUAAUUCACCAGUGAAUUGGAAUAAAAUAAAAUCAGAUAUUCAGAAUUAUUGGCUGCAUAGUUAUGUCCCAGGCAUUUUGUAAGUAACUAGUAUACAGCAGUUAGCUUAUACUGGGCAUUUAUUUUUAUAUACAGUAAUACUAUUUAAAUAAUAGACACACUAUUCAUAAAUAUUCCACAUGUAUUUAUCAGUAUAACAUUAAAACAUUUUAAACAAG